ACCAAUCUUUUUUGUUGCAACUAGUUGAAAAUUGCAAAUUGCAAACAAAUGCAUCAAAAGAAGUACCAGCACAUGAAGUUUCAGUAGAUGCAGUACCAGUAUUAAAAGAGCCAGACGAUGCGGUUGACGAAAACAAUCCAGAUAAGACAAAGGGAUUUAUGUGGCCGGAUAAGGCAGUACUUCUCUUACUCGAACUGUAUAGAGAAAGGGAGCAGGAUUUUUUGAGCGGAAUGAAGCGCAAUAAUAAAAUCUGGGCCGAAAUUGCUGCUUCAAUAAAAGAAACGGAUUGUUGCGAAAUUUUUUUUGUUGCGAUCAUUUUCCUUCGUACUUUACUCGCCAUUAAUUUACAAUAUAAUGGGUGCUUUCCAACAAGAAGAGCCUGGUGUUACACAGUGUGACACAGAGAGACACUGUAAAAUAUAGUAAUUGGAACACUAAAGUUACCAAACACGACCACUAGAGAGCGUAAAAGACUGACUAAAGAAGGAAGAACACGAGCGAGAAGCAAAACAACGAGCGCAAAUUUAUUAUUUCGUAACAAUCGUAACGAACUGUUAUUCUUAACUACGGUAAAUUUCAUAUAUGGAUUAUAUCGACACGUUGAUAUAU